GGGAAACGCUGUCUCCACUGGGAUAUCAGAGGACCGAACAGAACCUGCUGUGUAGCUGGAGGUGUGCGGUGUUGGCCUGUAGAUCUGGAAGUUCCUGUUCUGGACCAGCAGCUUAAACUCUUCGUGUCGAGACACUCGGCCUUCCUGUCGGAGGACGUCCCAGGUCAGCGCACGCUGCAGCACUGCGGAGACGUUCUGGACACUCAUGUUGUGGUGAAUCCAGCGCACGACUUCGUCUGCUCAGAGGUGCGGCGGCUUGUCUGCGAUUCGUCCCGACACAAACUGCUGGUUCUGGCCGGUCAGUGUGUGGAAGACAGCGGCGACAUCGUGUUACAGAAAGGCUGCUUCUCUCUCAAACACUUCAUCCACAUAUUUGCAGACGAACAGGUCGGAGAGUUGUUGAGCUCUGCGGACCCAGCGGUGAAGGCCAGCCUCACCCUCAGCUGUCCAAAUGUCGGCCUUUGGAAGGACUCUGUGCUGGAAAAACACAACCUGCAAGACUUCAUAAACAUCCAGAUCAACCCUCCGCUGGUCCUCCCAGAGAUGGAGGGACUGCAGGAGUUCACAGAGUACCUGUCUGAGUCGUUGGAGCCCGAGUCCCCCUUUGACCUCCUGGAGCCCCCGAGCACCGUGGGAUUCCUGAAGCUCUCGCGGCCCUGCUGCUACAUCUUCCCCGGUGGGAGGGGGGAUGCCGCCUUCUUUGCUGUUAAUGGUUUUAACGUCCUGGUGAACGGUGGCUCGGAUCCCCGCUCCUGCUUCUGGAAACUGGUUCGACACCUGGACAGAAUCGACUCGGUGCUCCUGACCCACGUUGGUGUGGACAAUCUUCCCGGGCUGAACAGUCUGCUGUGGAGGAAAGUAGCUGAGCAGGAGGAAGAGUCUGCUGGAUCUCAGACUGAAGAGGACUGGAUGAAAAACCUCAUCUCUCCUGAGAUCGGGGUGGUCUUCCUCAAUGCUCCCGACAGACUGAAGUCCGUACAGGGAGAUCCCAGCGAGCUGCGGAGUUGUGACCAGGUGUCGCUCACUCUGCAGCACCUACAAAGACUGGCAAUCAAACCUGAACCCCUCGUCCGGUCCAGCGGACCCAGUAUAGAACCAGUUAUCUUGUUUCAAAAGAUGGGAGUCGGCCGUCUGGAGCUGUACACGCUGAAUCCAGUGAGCGGCAGCAAGAACCUUGAGGCUUUAAUGCAGAUUUGGCCAAACAACGGAUCAAAUGUAAAGGGCUCAGAUCUUCCACUACCAUGCCUUGUUUCCAUUUGUGCUUUGCUGGUCUGGCAUCCUUCCAGCCCUCAGGAGAAGAUCAUCCGUGUCCUCUUCCCAGGGUGCACACCGCAGACCAAAAUCCUGGAUGGACUUGAGAAACUCAAACAUCUAGAUUUCCUCAGACAUCCGGUUGUGUGUUUGAAGGACCUAGAAACAUCCAAAACUGAGAAACAACCCAAACGAGCAGAGAGUCGGGAAAGCCUUAAGUCCCAGUCUAAGGACUUCAGACCCAGCAGUGCCUUGCAGAAAGACAAGCUCGGACGAGUAGAUGUCAAAAAACAGGAGGUGAAAACGAAGCCAAAGGUGGGUGACGCUGCACCUAAAGAGAAGAAGGAUGGGGAAGAAAAGCCCAAACUGCAGGAUGCCGAUGCAAAAUUAAAGCCACCGAAACCUGUCGACAAGCUUCUUCCAAAGAAAGAUGCAUCAAAAGAAGAGAAAAAGGAAGUGAAAAAGAAGGACGAGAAGGUUCCUGCUGCAGCUAUAAAGAAAGACGAGAGUGGAGAGAAAAAGAAGGAGGUGGUAAAAAAGGAAACUUUAAGUACAAAACCAAAGAAAGACAGCAGACCUGAGCCAAAGAAAGACGGCAAGAAGGAUGGGAAAACGGAGGAGAAGAAGACGGCAAAGCCAGCUGUUAAAGAAGUGAAGAAAGCAGCAAGUACAGAAGUAAAGAAAGCUUCGGGUAAGAGCGGGACGCUCAAGAAAGAUGGGACUCUUCCAAAGAAAGACCCUGUCAGUAAAGGGACUAAAGGUAAGCCAGGGUCCAGGGAUCAGGAAAACCAGAAGGAGGCAGAUCGCUCCAAAGUGUCAACGCCUGAAGACAUGACGGCUGAAUUUGAAAGACUUCGAUUGGAAGAUGGCAAUGGCGACGGUGGUCAAUACGCGAGGCCCACCACGGUCACAAAUGGUAAUGGAGCAAAGGCUGAUGGGAACCAGCCUUUGACAGUAGAGAGUCCUGAGAAGUUUCGUUGUAUGGAGAUGAGGACUCCUAAGGGGGACCUCAGUGUUAACUUUGAUCUCACUCCGGCUGAACACCAGCUGGUCGGGGGCUCCUUGAGAAACGGAACAGAUGAUAUAUGUGCAAGCUUAGGGGGAAAGGCCCCGGAGCCGGGGUCUCCUGCAGGUUCUGCCUCCAGCUGUACAGGUCAGUCCCCUGAAGGGGACAUUCUGUGUUUAGUUGAUGACAGCAGCCUCGGGGCGAGAGGAUCCAGCCAGGGCCUUGAGGAUUAUAACCAGGGAGGUUCUUGCAGGACCUCAGACCUGAGCUCCUUCAGGGAAGGUCUGGAAAACUCCACGUCCUCUCAGGACAAGCAGUCCAGUCUUUUGACAUUCAGUCCUUUCAAAGACAUCAUGCCAGACUCCUCCCCCACCAUGACCUCCAUGCCGGCUGAGGUCGGCUCUCCUCACUCUACAGAGGUUGAUGAAUCCCUGUCGUUUUCUUUAGAGCAAAUGCUGCCACCCGCCGCAGGGUCACCCAGAGGCACCAUGGGAGACCGAGUCUACUCCAACGGACAUGUUAGUGACGCCGACUCCAACGCGGGGACGGCCUUACCCCUGAGAUCCAACGAUAAUGGAUCAGAGGAACAGAUCCAUGGGAUGUCAGAAUUUAUCUCGGAUGUUCCACAUGAUGUCGACCUCUGCUUGGUGUCCCCUUGUGAGUUCCAGCACCCCAAGAAUCCGGAGAACCAUCAGCAGCACGUUGGCCCCGACAACAGCUCGCAGGAUCAAAGCAGCAGCGACUGCCCUUCAUCCUACAGCCAGGAAACCCCUCCCACAUCAAUUAGCGACUCCCUCCCGACGGCCACGGACUCUGACGCCCCCCCCAGUACAGAGGAGUGUCCUUCCAUCACAGCGGAUCUGGACUCUGAUGAUUCCAGUAACCUCCAUCCCAGUCAACACUACUCCCACAUGGGAGGGCAGCUUUCCUCCCAUGACCCGCCGCCAGCCCCGGUAAAGGAUUUGCCCCCGUUACCCCCACAGCCUGGAGCCUGCAUGGCAGACCCAGAGGCUGAAGGCUCAGUCAAAAACCUGAAGAGUUCAGCUGCCAAGACCAAGAAACCCACAGGUACAACGCAGAAGGUGACCCCUGGAAGUACGGCAGCCCAGAACCUUAAGUCCAAAGCCGUCAGCUCCACAGGGUCACUGAAGAUGACCUCCAGCCUCGACACAAAGCUUUCGUCCCGGAAUUCACUCGGAGGCUCCAGAAUCGGAACCGCAAAGCCUUCAUCCUCAGCUUCCAAACCUGCAGGUCCUGAGGGUUCAGCGGUCUAUGUGGACCUGGCCUACCUGCCGUCCGGCUGCGCCUCCUCCACCGUGGACCAGGACUUCUUCAGACGUCUUCGCUCCUCGCAUUACAUCAUCAGCGGAGACGACCCCGUGAAGGAGGCGGCGAUGAGGAGCAUCCUGGACGCCCUGCUGGAGGGGAAGAGCAGCUGGCCGGAGGUCCAGGUGACUCUCAUCCCAACGUUUGAUUCGCUGGCGAUGCACGAGUGGUACCAGGAGACCCACGACAGGCAGGCCGGGCUGUCUAUCACCGUGCUGGGCAGCAACAGCACCGUGGCCAUGCAGGAGGAGACCUUCCCCGCCUGCAAGGUCGAGUUCUGAGCCCGCAAGCCCCGCCCACCUGACCUCUGACCUCUGCUCAGGUGGACACAGACCAGACAGUGGGCUUUUGUUGUUGCCAUGGUUACAACCAGACCAAUGAAAGGUGUCGUUAAUAAUCUGAAAGCUCCGCCCCCUUCAGUUGAGUCAUUUUAGUGAGCAUGCUCAGUUAGUCCUCCCUGUUAGUUCUGGAAGUUAAAGUGACUGUGAUCACUGUGUGACAUCACUGUCACUUCCUCUGCUGGAUCAGGACCUUCAGCUCACCUGCUAACAAACGUUAGCAUGUUAGCAGGAGGCUAACACCAAUGGCUAACGUUAGCAAAGCGCUAGCUAAAGGGCAGCUUGAUGUUAGCCAUGUUUGUUUCCUCCUUAUCUCCGUGGUAACGCUAAAGGUUGGUUGCUGACAUUUUAACGGGGCGGGCCUGGAUGUUGGCGCGUAGACGCAGCUUUCUGAUGUCUUCACGUCCAGCAAAGAGUGCGUCCUUGUCUCGCCUAGCAACAGUAACUAAGGGAGGGUGGGACUUAGGAAGAAUCAUUUAAGGCGUGUUUGUCUAGUAAUUAUACAAAUUGAAUUUCACACCUACCACAAGUUUCCGUCAGGAGGCGGGAAGCUGAACACCGUCACCUUCAAACCGCCGGCCCGAUCGAUCGGUGUAUUUUCCUGCUGGCUAUCGAUCUGACUCUCACCGCUAGAAGGUUUGGUUAAGUCCAGGAGGCGGAGGGGUCUGGACGUGACGUCAGAGUCCAGGAGGGGACCUGUGUUGAGGCUCCUGAUCCAGCAGUUUAAACAUUGGCAGGUGAAUCUGAUCUUUGGCGUCUGAUCAGCACUGUGAUGGUUGAUCACGGCUGCACGGCGCUCAGGUCUGAAGUAAAUGUGCCUCAUUUUCCCCCUCACUUAAUACUACAUUACCCAUAAGCCUCAGCUGUUCAGAGCUCAAACCUAAAGUGAACUGAUUCAGAUGCUUCAGCUUCUUCUUUAUUGAUCCGUGUGGCGCCUCUCUCAGGCGGCCCUCCGGUCCCACAAGCAGGUCCCCGGAGCUAAUGCCGCCCCCGGUCUGGAGCGCUCUGAUUGGAUGGUUCUUGCAGCAGUGCUUUCUGGGACAUUUCAGAUUAAUCCUGCAGGGAAAGAUCAAAAUAUCAGAACUAGUUUUUAUUUUAGAAUCACGAAGCUGAAAGUUUCCUUUUUAAUUUCAGAACAAAUCAACAAAACAUUUCAAUCUCUAACUUAUUUAUUUAUUUUCAUUUGUUUAAAUUCCCGUCUGAAGAAAUCUGAACUUUGGUACGAGUUGUUGAUCGGUCUGUUAUCAGAGAGGAAACAUUGAUCUGAGCCUGAUCGCUGUUAUUUUAAUUUAAUUUGAAGCAGGUUUUUAUUGAACAACAUAUCUGGUGAGUUUAUUGAUCUGCAGUUUGACCGUUACUGCAAAACAAUCAUGUUAAAUGAAUUUCAAACAGGAAGUUGGAUCUUGGGAGAUAAGUUAUUUAAAUAAAGUCGUAUUUUGAGGAAAUUAAAUCCCCAAUUUAAGAGAAAUCUGAUUUAUAAGUAAAAUUCUGACGAUACUUUUCAUAUAAUUAUGACUUUGAUUCUUAGACUAUUUGGACUCUUCCUUGUAAAUGUAAAAUUUUAUUGUCAUGUUUUGACUUUUAUUUCUACACGUCAUGUCCAUAUUUAUAAUUCUUAGAAAUCCAAAGGUAGAGUUAUUUCUUACUGAACCACGACUUUGUUUUGAUAUUUUAUUAUCUAGUUUCUUCAUGUGAACGGUUCUGAUCAGACGAAGGUAUUUCCUCUGUUCAAACACUAAUUUUAAUGUUUCAUUCAAAAUAAAAGUAGCCCUUUAACUGUC